AUGGAGGUUGUGGCAGAUUGUUUUCUCUUUUGGGGGUCUACGACGAGAUCGUCAUGGGACUCGUCUUCGCGCUUCCAACCGGAAGCCAUUUCUGGCGGUGUGGACUUCUCGCCCGUCUUUCUCAUGGACGUGAUCAUGAUCCUGCUGGUGUCGCUGUUUGUCAUUUUCUACUUCAACCGGCUCAUUGCAUGGGUCACAAACUUCGGACUCCGCUUCGUCUUCUGGCACAAACAUAGGAUACGAGUCAAGGUGCAAUCAGUGCAGAUCUCGCUCCUCGGAGGAAGAAUCUUCUUUAAAAACCUCACAUAUAUCGGCACCAACCAGACGAUAUGUUUUUUGAAGGGCCAUUUCACAUGGCGUUACUGGCUGUGGAAGAGCCGCAAGAGUGAGCUCCAGAUGAGCGAGGACUCGGAAAGCAAUGUGACCCCGGAAAAGUUGCAAUCCAGACUGGCUCUCGAGGUGGAUGGCCUUGAGUGGUUUGUGUACAACCGUACACCUGCUUAUGAUGCUGUUUUCGAGCAGUUUCAGGCCCGCCACAAGGCCAACGCCGAAUCAAAGUGCGAAAACAACGACACCCUCCAAACGGCGCAUACUACCACAUCUUACGAGCCGAAAAACUUUUCCUUUGGCGAGCAAAUAUACCUAGAUUUGUUCCCCAUUGACCUCAAGGUACACAAGGGCAGCAUGGUGGUUGGCAACAGGGACACUCAGAGUGUGUGGAUGUUUCAUUUCAAGAAUGCCACCGGAUUGGUGGAUGUGGCGCCCACUCCUUCCUAUCUGGACAGAUACAGACAGGUCUACCGUGCGGACUUUGAGCAUCCUGUGGUUGAGAUGAGGCCCAAUAUCGACUACAAGGGCAUGGACUCGACGCAGUUUGAGCACAAGCCCAAGGUGAAGAAGAGUCUGUGGGCCAAGACGUACGAGAAUGAGCCUAACACUAGCAAGUUGCGGCGCAGUCUGCGGGCCAUUCGGGCUGUUCUUCUCGCCCGUGCUCUUCCUGACAAUGAGAGUGAGCAUUCUCGUGAAGGGAUGCCCUGGAUGGGUCUGAGUCGGUACUUGACGCAGGACACUGAGUACUAUGUCGAGGACGACAAGAACGAGGGAGCCUUUGAGGAUUAUGCUCGAGUUCCUCAGAUUCUCGAUGCUCCAAGUGGUUCCUUGACAAUGUACUACGAUGUUCAGGGACAGGUUCCUCAGAUUGAAGGUGUUGGAGCCAAGGAUUCACCCCAGUGGGGCAUGAAGAUCACAGCCACGAAUGCCACGAUCAACUACGGCCCUUCCACUGAGCGACAAAGGACAGAUCUGCAUCAGAUGCUCAUUCCCCGCACAUGCAUUGAUGCCGUUCCGUCUCCCAAACCUCUUCCAGGCGAUUUGCGGCCCUAUGAGCAAUUUCGGGUCGAUGUGGAGUUCCAGGAAGAGAUGAUUCUGCGAGUUCCGAUCCGGGAGGAAAGUAAAAAUCUCGAGUUUGCCAACCUGUUCAGAGACGACCCUGGUGCCAACACGAAGCGCCCGUUCGGGUGGAUGGAAAUCAAGACAAACAAUACGGUGACUGUGGAGGAGAUUCAGAGCAUGGAGGCCACCAAGGAUGGAUGGGCUCAUACCGUGUCUAUUAAUCUAGGCCAAACCGAGGUUCGAACGAGUGUCAACCAUGGUCUUUUGUUCACCGGCGACCAUGUUUCUCUUGAGUGUGAUUUGUCCACUCCUCUCGAGUGGAACGGGCUUUGUGACUGGAAGUUUGAUUUGCAGUCUUCGUCAGUCAAAUUGUUUCUCCUCGACGAACACAUCACUUUGUUCUCCGAUUUGACCAAUGACUUUGGCUCUGACACACCUGUUCCGUACACUCUGUUCACUCCUUACAAGUACACCUUCCACUGGGGAGUUUCGCACUUCUGCAACAUUUAUCUGAACAUCAAUGACGCCAACAUUAUCAACAAUCCCACUGAUUUUGAAGAUAACACGUUUCUGGUGUUUGAGAGUGAUGCUCUUGACAUAGACUUUUCUCUUCCUCUGGACCAGAUCCACCAGUCUCUGAACGAGGCCUCUUUCAAGAUUUCCGCUCCUAUCAUGGACUUCAACUUGUCUGUGCCUCCCUGGCAUACCUUGGACUCGUUUCUGGAGACGGAGAAAAUGGGGCGAGCCUACGAGUUUGCCAUUGUCGGUACUUACUCGUACUACUCUUCCUUUGACAAGGAGCACACCGAUUCGAUGCAUGUGGAGAUUUACGGAACAGAUGUGACCAUGGUUGCCCAUGGAAUCUUUGUGUGCUACCUCAUGAAGGUGAUUGACAACUACUUUGGCAUCAACACAAAGUUCCAGACCAUGGAGGAGUAUGCUCAAAGAGACGCUCCCAAGGUGGUCGACCCCGUCAACUUCAUCAAGGAAAAAAACGAUAUGGACGUGGUGGUCGAUACCUUUAUCACCAACGGAGUGAUUGUGCUGCCGGCAAAUCUGUACUCCACCCGAGAAUACUUGCGUCUGGAUUUCCCGUCUCUCGAUAUCGACUGUCGGUUCACCAACUACUACAUGGACCUGCAGUCGAACAUUGCUCCCAUCCGAGGUCGAUGUGUCACAGAGGCAACCACCAAGGCGUACAUGUUGGCCCGCGAGUCGCAUUCCCGCACUCUUGGUGAGGUCCAGCCUCAUAUCUACAUUGAUGGCAUUGACGUGCAUGGUCACCGUUUGUUUGGUCGUCCCCCUGAAGAACCCACUUACUACUGCAAGUGGGACUUCCACUUGGGCGACAUUCAGAUCCGAGGUCCCAUGAGUGCUAUUGCAGUUCUCGGCCAGGCUGCCGACUGCUUUGAUUACGGCUUUGACGACACGGAGAAUAAGCUUCUGAUGGCGAUUCCACUCUUGUUUGACGUCACCUUUGUCUCUGCGAAGAUUAACUCUCUGACAUUCAGACUGGAAACCGAUCCAGGAGCCGUGGAGGUUCUUACAUCUGCUGUGGCCUUCAAACUGAACGAUCUGAACAAUUCGGACUAUACAGCACGGGCCUCAGUCAAGAUCCCCUGGAUCCAGUUGUCUGUAAUGACCAACGAAGAGGUGCUUUCUCAGUUGACCACUUCUGUUCUCGUCACCGAUUACAUUCAGAAGAGGAACAUGGAUGACCGUCGAGGCAAGCAACAAGAGCACAUUCGGCUCCAUGACGACUCGUUUGGCCGAUGUGACUUUUUGUUGACUCACAAGUAUGCCCCAGACGCAAAGCCAUACACCAUCGUUCCCACUCUUCCUCUUCCUCCACUUGCAGAGCCAUUGACUGACGAAAACAUCAACUCUCUGGGUACAGCAGGUAUCUUUUCUACGUACAAGAAGCGUGAAAACUACGACAUUGCCCAAUCGUCUUUAUCGUCUGCAUCCACCAACUCCCACCGUCUGAGUAUAGACAGCAGUUUCAUGACCCGAAGCAGUGGCAUUUCUCGUAUAAGUCGGUCUCGAAACAGCUACAAGAUUCGCAAGUUCCGACGUCCCCGUAUUGAGAACAAGUUUCUGGCGCCCAAACCUUGGAGAAAGGCUUCCAAAACAGCCGUGUCCGACAUUGACGUGGACCCUGACUUUGCUCAAGACUUUUUCGCGUCGAAAAUGCGACCCGGCAUGUCUGCAUCACGUGAGACACCUGACGAAGACACGGAGACGGAUAACAUUGUUGUGCAGCUGGGUAAGAUUGGAGGAACGCUUACUCCGGCUGCUCUGACGGUAGUUCUGGCAAUUAUGGCCCAGACCCCGCAGGACGGGUUCCACGUGACUUUGGAUAAACUGCAGAUCCAGGUCAUGAAGAAGCUCAACUACAUCUUGUCUGGACAGCCAGAGACGAAAAACAUCCGUGUGGUGAUUCCCGGCGUGGAUAUUGAGAUGAAGGCUAGUCCAGGGGGCUCGGAGGAGUACGUUCAUUUGCAGAUGGGUACCAUUGACAUUAUGGUACGUGACAAUGUGCACAAGCGUCCCCAGUCUAUUGAGGACUACAUUCAGGAUACCAUGGAUGGUAAUGAGCCGCGGGAGAACAGCUUGAUUGUGUAUGGUUCUAUGGACUUGACUCUGGAGGUUGUCAAGAGCAGCCACACGAUUGGUCCGUCUCCUAACCCUCUGGUUCUGGGAUUGACGCAAUUUGAGUUCUGGCUGAACCAGGACGUUUCCAACUCAGCCUCUGCUCAGAUCAAGGAGCUAGACGUGAGUCUGGACAACCAGCAGCUCGAGUGGCUGUUGCGGAACACAGAUCGGCAGCUGGACCGUCUCAAACUGCUCUUGGAUGACAUUCCCAACCAGAACAAGGCUACCCAGUCUGACAGAACCAAAGACGUGGUCUACUCGCUGGCAUUAGCUGGCCAGCAGUUUGAUAUCACGUCCGAUCCUUCAACUCUCACGAAGCCUGCAUACAUUAUCCGUCUGUCUCAGCAGCAUGUGCGAGCCCAUGAUUCGUGGAAGAUUCUGAUUCGGCUGCGACACAUUCUACAGACGGUUCCUGCUGCUUGGUACGCUCACAAAGAGAAGCAGCUGAUUCAUGGCGACUGCAAGGUGCCCGUGGACGCUAGAACCAAGGUCAUCAACGUCUUCAAAAAGUGGCGAUUCUGGGAGAUCAACAGUAUCCCGAAAAGUUACUUGUUUUUGCACGUGUUCCCUCCCGAAAGCAAGAGGGCCAUUACCAUGACUACACGCGUGCUGGUGGAUGUCGACGGUAUUGGUCUCCGUCUGCUGUUUGCGGAGUGCGAGAACUAUCUUCUGUUUGACUACGUGCAGGUGUAUGUGGACGUGAGCGAGGGUGAUGACCAUGUGAUUGAUGCCGAUGCCGGUGUGUGCGUGGCCUCUAUCCGUACACAUUUUUCGCUCGAGAUUGUGGACACCAUUCAGACAAUUGCUCGGUAUGUGGAUGCAACCAAGCCCUCCAGUGAUGAUGAGACUGACCAGGAUACGACUAGACCAAGUACCGGUGACGUGAUCAAGAUUGAAGUUCCUCAAUCUCCCCUCUCGAUGUCAACUAGUAUGAUCUCUGACAAGUCUACUACGACUCCUGAGCCCGAUAAGUCGGUCUCGCCUGGCCCGGAGAAGGUUGCUUCCAAGUCACCUCCUAUCAGGGUCAUGGUCAAUACUCUGUUGUCGUCGUGGGUGGUUUCCAUCAAAUCGUCGGCCAUCACACUGUCUGUUUCUGGCCAGGAGUUUCUCAAUUCUGUGUUUGUGGAGAAGACGGGCGACGAUUUAAUCAACGAUGUGGCUGUCAUUCUUACUGGCACUUUUGGGUCCACUGGAAUGGAGCUAAUUGCCACCGAGACCGACGAGCAGGUGGUUUCGUACGCCAUCAAUUCGACAGCGGCAUCUAUUGCGUUCGGCAAGUCCAUCCACGUGACUUGUGACACGCAAAACAUGUUGCUUACAGUGUCUCAGGACCUUCUGACGCUCGUGAAACUGACCACGCAAUUUUUCGAGCACGAUUGGGAGGUCAUCGAUAAACUGAUCGAAGAACUUAGUGGAGAGGAGGACAUCAAAGCCCAUCACACACCUGGAUCGGCAGCCGCCGCAGCAGCAGACGCAGCGGAUGAGCUGAAGGAGGAGCUGUGCGAGGAGCCUGGACCUCUCAAGGAUAUCAUUCCGUUCCUUGACCGAGUCUCGUUUAGAUACUCUCUCACUUCUCUACAAUGUUCGUCCAUGCUCAUGCCCAACUGGGUGUAUGCCAACGAAUUCCGUAACAUGCAGGUGGUGGUUGGAUCGGGCAUUGAUUCGAGAACCACUCUUAACGGCUCGUUCGAGGUGGGCGAGCAGAUGCACGAGGUACGAAACCACUCUUCUGGCGACUCUCAGAUUGUGCUUGGAAUUGCUCUUUCAGCUGUCUCGGCCCUCGGAGGAUCGGUCAUCACAGAGGAGUUUGCUCUACUGGACUGUGCGCUUCGAUUUGGCAUUUUUGAUGCCCAGACAGUGUCUCCUAGCAUGUUGACGAGGUACCUAGCGUCUGAGAAUGAGCGGGAGUGUGUUAAGCAGAUGUCUGAUGCCAUUGAUGAUCUUCAGGAGAUCCUCAAAAAGCGUAUUUCUAAGGGGGGUGGGGAGACCACCGAAAUCCCUGUUUCUUCAAAGCAGAAUACCCCCAGCACACCUUCCUACCCUCUCCACUUCACCACCCAGAUUCUGGCUGACAGGUUCUCGUUCACUAUUCCCGCUCUAGAUUCUUCUCUUUGUCUUGAGUGCGAUAAGGUAUCUGCUUUGGCGUACAAUUUUGUCAUGAGCGAAAAGACCAAGGCCAUUGAGCAUACAGCUCUCACUGGAGCUGUCACCCCUGAUCACGUACGGUUCCUGCUCCAGAAUAAACGUCUGCCUGGAGGUGUGGCUACUCUUGUAGACUUGCAUAUUCGAAUUUCUCUGUACGAAUACAUCAAGUCUGGCGAGAGAAAGCGAGGCGCAGAUAUCGAGUCCGAGUUCAUUCGUAUCUGUCUGUCUUCUCCGUCACUGCUCAAGCUGAUGGAGAUUCUGACAAACAUUGAGGGUGACAUUUCCUUGCUUGAAUGGGAGUCGGACGACAAGUCGCCAAAGAGAAAGAGUCCCAAGAGGAAGAUGUCCCGUGACAGUGUCGACUCAAAGGUGUCACAUGAGUCAUUUGUGUCGGCUGAGUCCGAACCCGCUAUUGUGGAGGAGGAACCUGAGUCACGUCAAGAAACGGCUUCUCCAGCUAUUGAUUCGGGCGAUGAUGACUCAACAUCAUCCGACUCUCCUCUCCAAAACUGGCGAAUUCGAACGUCUUUCGAGCAGGUCACGUUUGGUUGGCUGUUCCCACCAAACUCGGGUUUCAACGGUAUUGUUUUUGGCUGUGAUAAUGUGGCUGUUGUGGCACUUUCUGGUUACGGUCAGUUGCGGCUCAAGGGUGUCUACAUCACACCAGCUCAUGGUAACAAGGACACAGACUUUUUCCCGGACAAGGUGUUCCCUACUCAUGCCAACACCGUCUAUCUUCCUCGUCUGCUGGUCACGUUUGCUACUCUUGACACUCGAGAGUAUCAUCUUCGAAUCCUUGGUGAGGAACUCAAGGGUACGAUUCUGCCGUCCAUUGUCGAAAUCGUCUCCUGCACGGCUACUACCAUCAAACAGACGGUUAAGGAGCUCGAGCUGCUGUCAAAGGAGCGCAACAAGCGGCUUGAAAAGAGCAACAGCAGCGUUCGGGUUGUUGAGCCAAAUACCGCACCGUCCGACUCGUCGCUGUUGUCAAUUGAUCAUUCCUUUGUCUUCAGAGCCGACGCCAAGUUCCAGGGAGCCGUUGUUUCUCUCUGGAGUGAGUCUGAGUACGCCAUGGAGAUGUAUGCCGAAACGCGUCACAUCCAGGCGUCUUCUGGAGGCCGCAGAUCAACUGCUCGAGUGGUGGAGUCAUCUCCAGAGCUUUAUCUCCAGGCUCCUGCUCUCGAGGCCAAGGUUGACUUCAGACAUAACACUGGAUCCGCCAACAAGGAGCUGCUCAAGUUUGGCGUCACUGUGGAGCCCAGCAGCAACACUCUCUACCCUCGGAUGAUUCCUGUGGUACUGGAUAUUGUGUCUGGUAUGAGAACGCUGCUCGAAGACAAGAGCGACAAGCACAAGGACCUGAAGCUGGAUCUUAAGAGCGAGAUCAAGAAGGUGAAGAUUGAGACGCCCCAGCCCCAGCAGCCCUCCAAGGACCUCACCUUCUCCGAGUGGGAUAUCACUGCCGGUAUACAAAUUGAGCGCCAGGAGCUGAUUAUGAGCUGUGAACCGACCGCCCGAGUGUCUGCCUCGUUGUCGUACCAGAAUCUGUCUCUGAACAUGACGACUGUGGAUGCCAGUGAAGAGGGUCUCGGAAAGUUCUUUUCAUUCACGUGUCGGCUUCACGAGUUCAACUGCUCGUUGCAGCACACUUACUCGCGUGAGAUUUCUGCCAUGGUCGGUAUUGAUGAGAUUCUGUGCGUCGUCAACAAGGACAAGGAGGUAGACCCUGCGUUGGCAAAUACCUGGAACGUUGCUGUUUCGAUCGUCGAUGUGAUUGCAGACAUCAACGUCAAACACACACAGGACCUCAAGUUGUUCCAGGAGCUGUGGCUCAGCGAGAUGCCCGAGAAGGAGAAGGAGGUAAAGGUCAACACGGAUCCGGAACGGUUCGUCCUCAAGUACCACCGAGCCACUUCCGGUACGCGAAUCUGCUGGAACGCGACAGUUUCCAACGUCAAAUUCUCUGCCGAUCUCGGUCAAUCUAUCGGAAAGGUAACUGUCGGUCUGGAUCGAUUCUGGCUGCUCACAGACAAGAAGGAGCACCUGGACCAGCACAUUACUCUUGGUUUCGAGCUCAUCAAGAUCCAUUCGGACGGCCGACUGGGAGGUAUGGUUUCUCUGGCGAGAUUCCGGCUUGAACUGGCUCUUCUGUGGGAGAUUGACGAAGAUGCUCAGGUAACGCCAGAAGACGUUCCUCUGGUGACUCUUGUGGCGUCUCUGGCGUCUGCGGAGAUCCGGAUGGCCUUUGACUACCAGCAGUUUGGUAUUGCCAGUAUCAAGAACCUCGGGUUCAGUGUCUCCAACCAGCGAGAAGUGGCGGACUACCUGUCCGCCAUUGUCGACAUUGAACAGAUUUGUGUCUUUAUCACUGUUUUGGCUCCGUCCAACAUUCUGGAUCUCGUUCAGAUUCUGGUUCGAACCAAGCAGGGUAUUGAGGGAGCCUAUGAGGAAGAAGUCGGGGCUUCCAACGAAGAAACUCCCUCCAAGGAGAAGAAAGUUGGCCGGCCUCAUCUUCUCACGUCUGUGGACGUUUCCAUCAACUCUGGAACGCUGCAGGUCUACCCCAGCACUCUUCUCGAUACUCAGGUCCUCUACGUCAAUCUGUCUGGAACACAUGCCAUGUUUGUUUGUGACACCCAGAAGCGUGGCCUCGUCAAGUCGCAUCUGGAGCUGGGUAUGCACGAGUUUAUCAUUGCUCUGAGUACUUUCAAGACCCAGAUCAACGAGGAGGAUCUGUUGACACUCACUGUGGACGAGUUUGUGGCUCAUACUCGCAGAGCCAAGGGAGGCACCAUUGUGCGGAUCCCCAAGGUCGACAUCAACAUGCACACAUGGCAGUACGACACCAACCCUACUGAGGUCAAGUUCACAUACUCGUCCGAAUUCGCCGGCAAAGUGGACAUUGGCUGGAACUUUGGCUCAGUCACCUUCAUCCGAGAAAUGUGGAACUCGCACGCCAAGGCCUUUGCCAGCCGAAGAGAGGCCUACAAGCUCAACUUUGUGGCCAACCCGUCGGUGCUCAAGGAUGGCGAGCUGGAGGAGAAGCUCAAGGAUGUGGCUCUGGAUGAAAAGUACGUCUAUGUGGCGUUGGAGCCUCCCAACAUUGAGAUUCCCCAGCUGCGAGAUAUGGGCGAAGCCACUCCUCCCAUUGAGUGGAUUGGUCUGCAUCGACAGCGGUUCCCCGGUCUGACUCAUCAGGUGGUGAUUGUGGGUCUUCAGGGCUUGGUCAAGGAGGUUGAAGUUGCAUACUUUACAGUUCUUGGAGCGUAA